CCCCCCGGCUCGGAGCGACCGCUGCCCGCCCGCAGCGCCCCGUCGCCGGGUAACGCGCGGCCCCGGCGCCAUGGCACAGCCCGGCCCGCGCACCAGCGAGCUGUACCGCACCAGCCCCGGCCUGCCCGGCCGCUUCCAGCAGCCCGCCUGCUUCCAGGGCUACGGGAUGCCGCAGCCUCACCCCCGGUACCGGACCAGCAGCCAGGCGUACGGCAGCAAAGCCCCCACGGUGCACGAGGUGCCGACCUCUUUCCAUGUCACUUCGCACACCUUUUCCAAAACUCUGGCACAGUGUGGCAUGUACAGAAACAACGGGCUCAACACCUCCCUGGAGAAAAGCCAUGUCACUGGUGUGGGCAACUUCAUCACCGCCCAUGACCACCUCGAUUUCCACCCCAGCUACAACGCCAGCGGCCCCUCGCACUGCUAGCUGGCACCGGUGGCCAUGGCAGUGGUUUAUUGCUGGCUGCCUCGGUGAAAAACCAGAAAAAAACCAACAACCAAGCAAGCAAACAACAGCACUGACCUUGGCCAAACCAUGCCGCUAAGCCUCGUGUGAAGGCAUGACAGGAGCACGCCACCGUCACGCUGCAGAUGCUGAAUGCGGUUACGGGCUAUUUCAUCAAGAAUAAGGUGGGUUUCGGCUCCUGUCAUGUUGUUAGCGCCCGUGGGUGCAGGUCACCUCUCAGCGCAGCCUUGGGAUGUCACGGGUGUUGCCACUGAGGACAGUAAAACUGUAUAGACCAUCAGGAAAAUAACGUGGCACACUAAGCAGCAGCAGGAUAAUGCACAUGCUUCACACUAUUAACCACGUUAAGUCAGGUUUCAAUGAGAAUUUUGCUCCUGAACACAGGGGAAGAGGAAAAUAAAAAUCUUUCAGUUUGGUAAUGUGA